CCAAGCAGGACAGAGACCAUGAGGAUCAAAAGCUUUGGACUCCUUUGUGUGUUGAUGCUGGUCUCCCAGAUGCUCCUAGCCAACUGUGAGAGACAGAAGGAGAGAAAAAAGGGAAGACAAGGCAUAGAACAUGGUGGGAAAAAACAAAAGGAAUUUAAACAAGGAAAUGAAAAGGGGCAGAAGUCAAAAGGAGGAAAAUCAUCUCCUAAAGGCAAGUUUGAAACCAAGGAAAAUGCUGAGUGCACCUGGUCAGUGAUGGACUCAAAUGCUGUUACUGUGCACGUGCAGUGCAAGCAGGGGGACAGUGAGUUCUGGUGUGAGUUCUCUGGAGACCCUUCCAGCUGUGCACAGUAUGCAGCAAACCAGAAAUCCUACUGGAAACAAGUCUCCAGAUCUCUAAAGAAGCAGAAGCAGAUUUGUCAAGACCCCAAAAGUGUAUUAAAAUCUAAAUUAUGCAGGAGAGGCCCACAAAGUGCUCACCUCAGGUUGACUCACUCAAGCCUACUAACAGCAGAGGGUCCUGCCAAAGAGAACACAAUGCAUCACACAAAAGAAGUUGUUCAGACUCCAGCAGAUGCCUCUGUGACUGAAAAAAGGCUAGAACAAAGUCCUCAAGACUGUGUGGAAGAUGUAGAUUACAUUGACCAGAAAAAGGUGGCUGAGGAAUACUGUCCAGAAGGUUUGCUUUCCUUCUGCAACUUCUUCAUCACAAUGGUCCAAGACAAACGAUGCUGA